UGGUGAAUAGUUAGUUAAUUUUUAAAUCACAAUAAUUCUUUUGAUGAUAUUUCUAAUAAUGUGAGAAAUAUACACAUCCCAUCUAUCACAGACUCUCCUUUUGUUGACUCAUAUCUUCCUCUAGACUUAACUGUGUGAGUCAGUUUAGUCAUUUACUGGAUAGCUCAGCUGACAAGCAAAUUGAUUUGGGUUUCCUUCCAUGCUAGAUGUACAACAUCUUAAGAAAUAGGUCAGAACAGAUAUUGUUAAAAAGACAAGCAUUGUUAAACCAUAGUACACACAUUAUAAGAGUUUAAAUAGUUGUAUAAUCUUGGAGAGAUGAGAUUUCCUUUGUUUGAGGAAGUUGAAACGUGUAUAAUCAAUUAUAAAUCAGGCUAGAAACGUAAAGACUGGAAAGAUCGAGUUUAGGAAGUAGGAAAAUAUUGCAAAUGUAUAUUUUAUGACGAAGAAGGGUUUUUAAUUUAUUCAAUUUAACGUUCACGCAUUUCAUUGCCAUCCUGUCGGUAGUAUCUUAUUAAGAAUUAUUCUCGCCGUAGGCGGUAGUUAUCAAGGACACAUUUUUGCCAAUUAUCCGCGGUUUACUUUCCCCCUCCAUAAUAAAGCUGUAGGGAAUUAAUCAAACAGUUUCGCAUCACGAAAGAGAUUUUUAGGGUAAUUUCACAGACAAUUGAAUACUCGUAGAUAAUUUUUUUCUCCUGACGGGCAGACGAUGAAAAGCUUCUUAAAAUGCGUGUAACGUUUAUCGAUCCAUUAGAGAAGUAUAUACUAUAUAUAGUUUUGUGCAUCUGUUGGGAUCGUGCUUCCUGCCUAGAAGCGCUUUUUCAUCUUUAAGUCAGAAGGGUCGUUUCCCUCAGGGAUGUGCGCCGCGUCGUGAAAUCCGAGAACGAUUUUUCCCCCUCGAAGUUUCGUUUUGUCGAAGACAUUUUGAAAAAUCCGAAACCUAACAACAAGGAAAGUUUACCGUGUUACUCCGAGUGCGUGGUCGGUUAUGACGUAAAAAUGACCUUCCCGCGUUACUUCUUCCCCGCGGGAAUUAGAUUAGGAAUUAUCAUUAUUUAACUAAAUUCAGAAAUUUCGUACUUUAUACUCGCUUGCAUAGUCUGAUCAGCGUUUAAUCACCCGCCAGGAAUGUUUUAAGCCGGUUUUAUCGAUAAUUUAUCGGGGAAAAAUAAAUAUUUUUUGGCGAUAAAACGAGAUUUGUUUUAUGAGCAAUCCGGCACGAGCGUGAUGAUCUACGGUGGCCACGUGACUUUACGAAAAUUAAGCGCGCAAGUCUUUCAAUUUGUUUACGUUAAGUUUGCAAUGAUUAAUUUAGUUAUUGUGCAAUUUUUACUUGGCACCGUUGAGAUAUUCGAUCUGGAAUGAAACACCCACGUAGAUAUAAAGCUGGCUUGACGCUGAAAUUCUCGGAGCGGAACCGCUAACUGAAAAAUCACGUCAUCUUCGAUAAGGUUUCUCGAUUUGGUGUCAGAGAACGUCUGAACAUCUACGUUAGGCGUGUCAUAGCUAGCGUCAGACAGUCUUCGCCCUUCGAUUGCGUUGCUGCCUGCUCACAAAUGUUCCAUUAUUCAUAAAAGAAAGAGCGAGGGGAAAAAAAUAUAUAGUUAGAAAAAGCUGGCUGACGUCACUCACGAUAAGUUAAUGCGGUGGGUGAGUUCGUUUUUCCAUCAUCAGAUGUUUUUAUUUGCGAACUUUUCGUUCCAUUGAGAAAUGAAAUUUGAAAGAACGUAUCUGAUUCGGUUAGAUGAGCCAACAGCAGUGGAUAAGACUACACCUGUUUCCCCAGUAUCUGUCAGUGGACGGCUAUCUUCAACAAAAAUGUCACCGGCAAAAGAUUCGUACUGGUUUGCCCAUGCUGCCGAACCCAGAGAGAUAUUUCGUCCUUUGACAAAAAUUCCUUCUUCAGAGAAAGAUGAUUCAUCAUCCACACAAGAUCACACAUCUCCCUCACAUAAAUCUGCAGAGAAAAGCACAGACCUUCAUUUAGAAGGUGUGAGUCCAGUGGAGAAAUUGCAAGUUCCACCCAGAGCUACCACACCAAACCGUCUUGGUGAGUAACUUUAUUGGAAUGUGUUUAGCCAAUAAUUGAAAAGAAAAUGGU